AUGGACCACGGUCAGGAAGAUCCGUUUGACUGGUCUGUCGACCAGGUCGUGAACUACUUGUGCCAUAACUCAACUACUCCAUGGACGUCGUCGAAAAAUCCCAGUCCCCUGCCAGAUCGACAGCCAUUUGAAUCCGCUCUUCGCGAGCAUGGCAUUACCGGGGAAGUCUUGCUCAAUGGGCGCCUUGAGACUUUCUUUAGAUCUAGUCUGAAGUUGCGUGAGGGGCCCUACUACAGCGUUGAUAGGGCAAUACAGUAUGCGCGACGAAAUUCCGCCAAAUAUCAGGCGGUUUUGAAUCAAGAGCGCCUUGAUCAAGCUGCUUCAAUGACUCCUUUCAUGAACAGUCAUAUGCCGUCACCCUUCAUGCCCAACCCUCAUGCUAUCUUCAAUCGGCUCACAGCUCAUCCAGAUGUCUCUCGUUCAGCGUCUUUGAUUCGCAGUAUUGAAUAUUCAACUGAAGGGGACAAAUUAGCAAAUGAGCAGCUUUUUUCCAGUCUCCAGGUGACUCAGUCGUCGCCGUCACCCAAACUGAACGAAAACAGGGGCCUGGAAACAUCUCUACCUAACGCCAGCCUUCAAGAAACGACAUCUCUCAAUUAUUCCCCUCAAACCCGCCAACAUGAGCACAUACACGUCGAUGAACAAGGCAAAAAACGAAGAAAGCUUAACCUUGUUGCAAAAGAGCCCUCCAAAGAUGUUCCAGCCGCAAUACGACUUCAAGAUUCUGGUACUUGGUAUAUAGGUCCUCAAAAGCUUGAACCUGCCAGUGUUUUCUAUCCCAUCCAGGCCGAUGUGAAAGACGGCAACUGGACUCUCUUGCCUUCGAAUUGCUCAACGGGCCAACGGUUGUUUGUAAAGCGAAAGCUUUUUCGCUUUUAUCGGAAACCGACGGUUACAUUGCCUUCUCAGGAUGGAUCUAGCCGAACGGCUGUAUUUCCUUAUGACAACGAGAAAGCGGACUCUGACAGACCUCGUUUUUUCACUCUGUACACGUCAAAUAAAGGUCGGACCACUGUCACCAUGGAGUCUACAGCCGGUAGCGAUGCUGCCCCGCAACGCCCAACACACCGUGAGUCGAGUGCCAAGGAAGAAGAUCAGUACAAUUACCUCUUGCAGAAAUAUCCUGUCAAAGAGGAUGACGAUUUAUACCCCGUAUUUGGAGAUUCUGGCUCCGAAGGUGGUUACGAUUCAGAUACCUGGCAAGAGAUGGAUAGAGAGAAAGAGGAGUUGGCAUUACAAGCACAAGUCCGGUCCAAGCACCUUUCUCCUCAGAUUAUUGAUGCCGUAAUCGAAGAAUGCAUAAAGAGCUACCAAGAGAAAUGGAAGGCCAAGCAUCUACCAAAGCUUGAACUAGAGGCACAUAACCUAUGGCUAAACGCCCUUCGAAGAAAAUGCCGAAAUUCGCUAAUCAAAUUCUCGCUGGAUGAGACUGGGCGUCUUGUAUCACGACUGGAAAAGAUAAAAAAAGAAUUACAUGGCCAUGAGUGGACUGAACGAUCCCAUCUCUCAAAUCAAUGCCAAAGUAUGGAGCAAACGGUAUUUGCGGCCGAAACACAGAAAUGGCGCGUUUCUAUACUGGAGUCACAACAGUGUCCCGCAAAAGUUCGUGCACCUUUGGUUAUAAGGCCUAAAAAGGAUAUCGUCAAAGCCCAGCCUGACGAAGAAUCGCUGGACUCUGAUUCUGACGGCCUUGGCGAUUUUAUUGUCAACGAUGAGACAACCAAUGCACCUGACAGGAACAAGCAACGUUCUGCUCAAGAUACACCACGCAAGAAAUCAUCACCACGUCCUCCUAUCGCAGAUUUCCAAACUCCCGUCAAACAGAGCCCAAGUAAUAUGUCUCCUCGCGAAAGCGUCAAGGAUGCCAACGCUGGAAACAACGCUGAUGACCCUGCGAAUAAUAAACUUCGGUGUGGAUUCUAUCUUUCGUCUGAUGACGAAAGUGAGAGUAACAUGGGCACGCCCCAGUCUACUAUGAAAGUUGCAGGUCAAGACGUUGAGGUUAUUGACCUGACUGGAAGCCCAGCAAGACUAGAUAUUGCAGAAACACGGCUUUUAAAUAAGACAAGGCAAAAAAAUUCAUUGUCAAAGCCUGAUUUCGGCUCCCAAGGGAAAAAGAAAGAGCCCCCUCAAAAGAAUUCAAAUGAAUCUAGAGUUCAAAAGGAAAAGCCCCAGACCUCAACUCCCACUGAUGAUGACCGCAUGGCGCUCUUGAAAAAGAUGAUUGGGCAUAUUCCUCGAAGCGAGCGUACCCAAUUGAUCGACACCUUUCUUGCUUACCCUGAGGGACAAUUCAGGGCUCUUGUAAAGACUGGCAUCAAGGCUCUUUUCAAAAGUAAGCAGUCCGUUCGCGGUUUGAGUGGCCAGGAGAACGAGUUGAUUUUACGGGCCACGGUCUUUUACAUUGGAUGGGUCACUUGCCAGCCGUUGAAGAGUUCGGGUAUUAGUAGGCGUUUCGUCAUAGAUGCUUCUAUUAAUAUAAGAGUGCGUGACCCAAGCACACCUGUCAAUUUUGAUAAAUUCUCUGGACAAUUGUUUGAGCUUCUUCGUCCAUAUCAUACGAAAGAGAAUGAGACUGCGAAUUCUAGUACAGGGGAUUCCGAUGACGACCAACAGCCGCCCUCUUCUCUGUCACCUCACAAGAAGAGAAAGAGACCUGUGAAAGAAGACCAAGCCGUGAAGAGUGGGCAGGCGGCAGCGAAACAGAGAGUCGAGGUACAGGAGCAGCAGCGGAAGAAAUUGGAAGAGCGACUGGAGCGCGUUGGUGUCAGCAAUACAGAUUCGGAGCAUCAGCCUGUGAGCUUUGAGCAGCCGACUAUAUUCCUUCACCCUCAUAUUGGCCGACGGGUGAAACCUCAUCAACUGGCGGGGAUUCAGUUUAUGUGGCGAGAACUUAUUCAGAAUGAGAAACGCGAUGGCUGUCUCUUGGCGCAUACCAUGGGUUUGGGCAAGACCAUGCAAGUGAUAUCUUUAUUGGUUACUAUUGCUGCUGCGGUAAAUUCUUCAGACCCAUCUAUUCGCAAGCAAGUGCCAGAGUGUUUCCAUCGUUCUCAGACAUUGAUAUUAUGUCCUCCAUCGCUUAUCGAGAACUGGUAUGAAGAAUUUCUGAUGUGGACACCAAAGGAGCAUGGGCUAGGUCCUAUACGCAAAGUUGUCUCGGCAGACCCUUCUGAAGUUAGACUAUCUACUGUUGACGCAUGGAACUCGGAAGGGGGUAUUCUGAUUCUGAGUUACUAUCUCUUUCGGACCUGGGUUGAGCCCAAGCCACGAAAGGGGAAAAACUCAGCCCAGGAAUCUCCAGCUCCCGCUCAAGCUUCCAGUCAAGUUAGAGACCAGUUAUUGAAAGGCCCUCGAAUUGUUGUCGCCGACGAAGCUCACCAGAUGAAAAAUAAGGAUUCCUUGCUUGCCCAAGCUGCGGCUUUGAUAGAAUCAAGAAGCCGCAUUGCUCUUACUGGUUCGCCUCUGGCUAACAACCUGAUCGAUUAUUACGCAAUGGUGAAUUGGAUAUCACCAAAGUACUUGGAUGAUAUUACUGUUUUUCGUGCGAAAUAUCUAGAGCCGAUUGAACAGGGUCUGUUUUUCGACAGCACUUAUCAAGAACAGCGAAGGUCUCUCAAAAAGCUGCAGGUCUUGAAGGAAAUUUUGACCCCCAAAAUUAGUCGAGCAGAUAUCUCUGUGUUGGAAGGGAGUCUCCCAAGAAAAGUGGAAUUUGUCAUCACUGUUCCUCUUACAAAUGUGCAAAAAGAGGCUUAUAAUGGAUAUGCAAGGUCUCUCUUGGCCGAAAAAUCAGGUACAUCGCCAACAACAACGGCUAUUCUUUCGUGGCUUGCUGUGCUCGGCUUGUGUUGUAACCAUCCUGCCUGUUUCUACAAUAAGCUCGAGAAACGAGCCGAGGGGCAACCGAACAAAGCCGUGAGCGAUGAUGUUGACCAGGAAGCUUCUCCGGUUGAGUUACCACUCAGCUCACUUGGCUUUAAUGAUACAAUGUUGGCUAUUCAGAGGGAGAUUCUUUCCAAAUAUACAGACCUCGACGACCCGAAAUACUCUCACCGAGCCGAAAUUUUCCAGAAAAUCGUGGAGGAGUCAGUCCGCGUUGGCGACAAACUUUUGUGCUUCUCUCAAAGUAUCCCCACGCUUGACUAUCUCGAAGCACUUCUUCGUCUGUCCGGGGUCAAGUUUAAUCGACUGGAUGGUAGCACUGCGGUCAAAACUCGGCAGGCAGCGAUUAAAGAAUUCAAUAACAAUCCAGAUAUCAAGGUCUACCUCAUCUCCACGCGCGCUGGAGGACUUGGGCUCAACAUCACCGGUGCAAACCGGGUGAUCAUCUUUGAUUUUGGCUUCAAUCCAACAUGGGAAGAACAGGCGGUAGCUCGAGCAUAUCGUUUGGGCCAAGACAAACCGGUGUACAUUUACCGAUUCCUUUCCGGCGGAACAUUUGAAGAGAUCAUACACAACAAGUCGAUAUUCAAGACGCAGCUGGCGAUGCGUGUCGUUGACAAGAAAAACGUCGAGCGUUCGGCUUCCAAGUCCCUGGGGGAUUACCUAUUCCCUGUAAAGGAUGUCGGGAGAGAGGACUUUUCCGAGUAUAUUGGCAAAGACCGUGAAGUGCUUGAUAAGAUUCUGCAGAGCGAGCAGCAGUCCUUGGCUAUUCUCAAUAUUGCAUUGACUGAGACAUUCUGCCGCGAGGACGAUGAGAAGCUGACCGAGGACGAGAAGAAGGAGAUUCAGGAAGAGCUCCAGUUGGAGCUUCUGAGACAGUCUGACCCUGCCGCGUACGAGAAGAGAAUGGCUGAAAGAUAUUUGUCAAUGAACACGAUGCCAGUGCCAGCGUAUAACAGUAGCAACAUGGAAUACGCAUCUUUUCCUACUAUCAAUUACAACCCACCACUACCACCGGCUCCUGCUCCCAACUUCGCGUGGAAUGAUAACCCAGGCAGCGUCAUCACAUCGACCAUCCAGGCAGUCAACAAUGUCACUGAAGCUCUCAUCAACGAUAACAAUAACACUGGCCCGCCACCUACCCGACCAGACGUCGUCUCAAUGAACAUCACCACCACCACGACAGAAGAACCUCCGGCCGAAAGCCCAGCCCAGGCAUUCACCUUGUUCUCAAACUUGAGCAACAACAACAAUAACAACUCUUCUCCAACAGACCAUCCUACGCAUGGCCUCCCCGCUCCUAUUUCUCUUCCGGUUGUUGAGUCGGCGACGACCGCCGACAUAGACUCUUAG